CCACCCCCAUCCCCCGUUCUGCUGGCGGUGGCGGCAGAGAGUGGAUAGGUAGGGGCGGCCUGGUCCCCGUGCAGCCCGCCCGCCUCCCCGAAGUGGAGCGGUCUCUGCCUCGGCCUCCUGCGCUCCCAUCCGCGACCAGUGGAGCCCCCUCCCGGCCCCGGCAUGGAGCCCCCAACGCCCGUCGACGCCGAGCCCCCCAUGCCCGCCGCGGACCAGCCCCCCGAGCUGCCUGGCGCCCUCGGGUGGCACGGCGGCCUGAGGAGCGCGCUGCCCCCUGACGUGAAGCGGGAGGCGGCCGCGCUUGCCAAACUCGCGGGCCCGGUGUUCCUGGCACAGUUGAUGAUCUUUCUCAUUAGCGUCGUCAGUUCCAUAUUCUGCGGACAUCUGGGCAAAGUCGAGCUGGAUGCUGUCACACUUGCCACCUCGGUUGUGAACGUUACUGGGAUUUCAGUGGGAACUGGCUUAGCCUCUGCCUGUGACACGCUGAUGUCUCAGUCCUUUGGAGGCAAGAACCUGAAACGCGUGGGGACCAUACUUCAGAGAGGAAUUCUCAUCCUGUUGCUGUGUUGCUUCCCUUGCUGGGCCAUCUUCGUCAACACUGAGCGCCUCCUCCUGCUCUUAAAACAAGACCCUGAAGUCUCCAGGAUAGCCCAGAUUUAUGUGAUGAUUUUCAUUCCUGCUCUUCCUGCAGCAUUCCUAUUUCAGCUGCAGACAAGAUAUUUACAAAGUCAGGGCAUCAUCAUGCCCCAAGUUAUUACUGGAAUUGCAGCGAAUGUCGUCAAUGUGGGUAUGAAUGCCCUCUUGCUGUACGCCCUGGACCUUGGAGUAGUAGGGUCUGCCUGGGCCAAUACCACCUCCCAGUUCUUCCUGUCUGCUCUUCUUUUCCUCUAUGUGUGGUGGAAGAAAAUCCACAUCAACACCUGGGGAGGUUGGACGAGGGAGUGCUUCCAGGAGUGGGGCUCCUACAUCCACCUGGCUGUUCCCAGCAUGUUCAUGGUAUGCAUCGAGUGGUGGACCUUUGAAAUCGGGACCUUCCUGGCAGGACUGACUAAUGUGACAGAGCUUGGAGCCCAGGCAAUCAUUUAUGAACUGGUCUCCAUGGCCUACAUGGUGCCCCUUGGCUUUGGUGUGGCUGCCAGCAUCCGAGUGGGCAAUGCUCUGGGGGCAGGGGACGCUGAGCAGGCCCGGUGCUCCUGUACCACUGUUCUCCUGUGUGCUAGUAUGUGCGCACUUGCAGUGGGAGUUCUACUCACAGCUUUGAAGGAUGUGGUUGCCUACAUAUUCACCAGUGACAAGGAUAUUAGUUCUCUUGUGAGCCAAGUGAUGCCAAUUUUUGCUCCUUUUCAUCUAUUUGAUGCACUAGCAGGUACCUGUGGUGGAGUACUGAGAGGUACUGGAAAGCAAAAGAUUGGUGCUAUCCUGAAUGCCAUUGGUUACUAUGUGUUUGGCUUUCCCAUUGGAGUGUCUCUGAUGUUUGCUGCUAAGCUUGGGAUAAUAGGUCUCUGGUCCGGAUUGAUAGUUUGUGUCUUCUUUCAAGCCCUUUUCUAUUUGGUGUGUAUCCUGAGAACAAACUGGAACAGAGCUGCAGAGCAGGCACAGGUUCGAGCUGGGCUAAAAGGCAAUAAAGACACCAUACUGACCCCAACAGAUCUACCGAACCUGGAAAGAGAAGUAACUGAUGGCAUGAUUUUACCUGAUAUUGUCAGACCAGAGAGUCAGACUGUCCAGCUGAUGGUACUAGAAGAAAACCAAUAUGUGGUUCCUACCAUUGGAGAGAUUUUGACAGUGAGACAGUUGAUUUUCUAUCGUGGAACAGCAUUAGCUGUUGCUACUGCUAUCCUUGUGGUAGGAAUUUUAGUAAGAGUUUUCAGUGGCCAUAAGUAAAAUAGAAAAAUCAUCACCAGUGUACAAAUUAGCAAUAAUUUUAUGCUCUAUAUUAGGCAUGAAAAAUGGUCCUGUUAUCUGGACGGUGGUUUCAUUAUCAACCGUGGGAGGAAAGGAUAUCAACUUAGUUGUUCUGAGAAAUUACUCACUGUACUAGAGAUGAAGAACAGAGCUGUAGUUUUGGCAGGGUCAAACCCAGGUCUUUGUACACCCUAAACAUGCACUCUCCAUAGCACUGAACUACACUCUCAGCCCCAAGGGUCGUUAAGUUUAGUAUACUUUUCUCUGUUAACUUUAUUAUGCUUUCUAAAUAUAGACAUUUGAUAUUCCCUACUGUCAUAUAAAAUAUUAUUACUUGUUUGUAUUUCUCUGUUAACGUACUUUGUCUCAGAAGGGAGUACAUAUUAAGUGCCUAAUAAGUCUUAUGUCAUAUAAGCUUUUAUUAAAACAAACACUUUAAAAUUUAAAAUGUAUGCUGACAGUAUUUGAUACUACAAUGUCAAUGUAAAGAAAAUCACUUACUUUUUUUGUCUUGUAACUAACUUCUGUGUCAACUUUUUUUUUAAUCAAAAUAGUUUAUUAACUUUUCAAAAUAUAAACAAGGGGAAGAAAAAUGACUAAAUGGUAGCAUUGUUUUUCAAAAUAAAAUUGCAACUAAUAUGCAGAUCUCCAGGCUUGAAUCUCCAUAAAUAAUUUCGAGGUGGUAGAUUGUAAUAUUUCAUAUGCCACUGAUUAUCUAUGUCUUUUGUUAAAAACACAAUGGAACUUGCAAUAUGCAAGUUUGUAUGAAGACCUGCUACACUGUGAGAAAGUGUUGCUGGGCUGGAAGGGCUUUGUUACAGGCAAGAUUCCUAGGAUUAUAUUUGAGAUGGCAGAGAAAUAGAUUUCACAGGGCAAGAACACUAAUUGGUAUUAAUAUUUCACAUUUAGGUAACAUUGUUGUGAACCCCCUCAAGUCACUUAAUCUCCGCCCUUUAAUGCCUUCACCAAUGUUCCUACAGUUCAUCUACGUUCUCUCUUAAAUAGGAGGACUUGAAAUGGGACACCUGGAGCCAGGUUAACAUGCAGGGCAGACUUUAAAAGAAACUUUCUGUUAUCACUUGCUGCUAUUGGGAUCCAAUUCCCUCCCCCCCUUUUUUUGGUACCAGGGAUCGAACUUAAGACCUUGGGCUUACAGUACCACUGAGCUAAAUCCCCAGCCCCCAAUUUCUUUUUAUUACAUGUGAAUUAAUACUGCUUUUAAUAAGCUUCCUUUACCAAAUCUAGAGAAACGAAAUUUAGGUGAUCAAAGCAGACAGUGCACAGCCCUCAAACAACUAUUUAAAAACAGGAGGGGAAUUCUGUGGCAAUACAAAGUAUCCCAAAAGUGUCAGUGUAAUCCCAAGCCU